UGUUCUCGCGAUAUUUGGGUUUUCUUCCUUCCCCACCCCCACCCUCGCCCGGCUUAGGCGGAUUCUGCCCAUCCCUCUACCUGGCCAUGGCCGACCCCAAGUACGCGGACCUGCCCGGCAUUGCCAGGAACGAGCCUGAUGUUUAUGAAACAAGUGAUCUCCCAGAAGACGAUCAAGCAGAGUUUGAUGCGGAGGAGCUAACUAGCACCAGUGUGGAACAUAUCAUAGUCAACCCCAAUGCAGCUUAUGACAAAUUUAAGGACAAGCGAGUGGGCACUAAAGGACUAGAUUUCUCUGAUCGUAUUAGCAAAACCAAGAGAACUGGCUAUGAGUCUGGAGACUAUGAAAUGCUAGGGGAAGGCCUUGGUGUGAAGGAGACUCCCCAGCAGAAAUACCAGCGUCUGCUGCAUGAAGUUCAGGAGCUGACUGCCGAAGUAGAGAAGAUCAAGAGCACCAUGAAGGAGUCGGCUGCCGAGGAGAAACUGACACCAGUUGCCCUUGCUAAGCAGGUGGCCAGCCUGAAACAACAACUUGUCUCCACCCACCUGGAGAAACUGCUGGGACCAGAUGCAGCCAUCAACUUAACAGAUCCUGAUGGUGCUCUAGCCAAGCGUUUGCUCAUUCAACUGGAAACAGCCAAGAGUACUAAGGUGCCCCCUGCAAGUGGGAAGAGCCCAGCGAAAACUGCGGCUGGACCAGGAAACAUGGUGACUUAUGAACUGCACUCCCGGCCUGAGCAGGACAAAUUCUCUCAGGCUGCCAAGAUUGCAGAAUUGGAGAAGCGGUUGGCUGAGCUGGAAGCGACGGUUCGCUGUGAGCAGGAUGUCCAGAAUCCUCUGUCUGUCGGAGUGCAAGGAGCUAGUCUUAUGCAAACUGUAGAGAUCCUGCAGGCCAAAGUCAGCUCCUUGGACAUGGCAACCCUGGACCAGGUGGAGGCAAGGCUACAGAGCGUCUUGGGAAAAGUGAAUGAGAUUGCCAAGCACAAGGCCACCGUGGAGGAUGCAGACACCCAAAGCAAGGUGCACCAGCUCUAUGAGACUGUGCAGCGCUGGAGCCCUCUGGCCAGCUCCCUCCCUGAGGUGGUGCAGCGCCUGGUUGCUGUGCGGCAGUUGCAUGAACAAGCCAUGCAGUUUGGGCAGCUCUUGACUCAUUUAGACACUACCCAACAGAUGAUUUCUAAUUCAUUGAAGGACAACGCUUCUCUGCUGACACAGGUUCAGAAGACUAUGAAGGAGAACCUGGCUACCGUGGAGGACAAUUUUGCCACCAUUAACGCACGGGUGCAGAAGCUUGCCAAGUGAAUCCCCUUAACAAAGUCUACAAAGGCAGGAACUGAGGUUUGCCUGCUGUCCAAAUAAGCACUAACCGCUCCGUCCCUUCCCUACCUCUGUACCUUUUCUCGUGUGCACUUAGUGGGAGUUCAGCCUUGAUGAGGGCUGGUGGACUGAGUGCUUAUCUCUGUUAGAGGGCAGGUGCGUGCGCCCCCCCCCCCCACCUCUUGCAAUGCUUUGCACCCCUGUGGCAAUUGAUGCUGACUGCAGAGGGCAGUGUUGCAUUCCAGAGUGGAGGGAGGGUGUGCUAGAGAGGGAACCAACUUUGCGUAUCCACCUGGGAAGUUGUACUCACUGCUGCUUGGCUCGGAGCCUUCUACUUGGAAAGAUUAUCUUACCUCUCAGCCUGGCAUGGAAGCAGAUUGUAUUGUUGUAUAAUUAUUUACUGUCAUUAAACACUUAUGCUUA